CUUAGUUUUUUUGUGCAUUGCGGUAAAGCAGGCAGCCGCUCAUGUCUAUGGAUGAAGCACUAAAAUGUUGCGCAUAAGGUGUUCAAGAAAAUGUCAGUGCCGCCGUCUACUUUGUAUGGCUUCGUUUGGAGUUUCUGAGUUAAGAAGGUAAUGCCAGAUUGAUGAACUUAUGUUAUAUACUAGCUAGCUUAGCAUUAUAAACCAAAUUGAACAGUAGUACGUACACACAUUUAAUUAAGCUAUGCAGAAUCCUUGGCUCUUCCAUUUGUGGACGCUGUUAGGUUUAUUGCUGGUAGGGCUUGAAGAUUAUGGAAGCUUUAGCUGCUUGGAUGAAGAGAGAGUUGCGCUUUUGAAAAUCAAAGAUGCAUUCAACUAUCCGAACGGGUCUGCUCUCUCCUUCUGGGACGAUGAAGAGGUAGACUGCUGCAAGUGGGAAAGGGUUGAAUGCGAUAACUUGACGACAGGGCGAGUCACUAAGCUUCAUCUCCAUGAUAUAAGGGAGCCGAAGCUUGGAGAAUUUGACUUCUUCCUUGAUGCCUCUUUGUUUCUUCCCUUUCAGGAAUUGCAGGGGCUAGGUUUGGAGAAUAAUACCAUACAAGGUUUGAAAGGAGAACUAAAGUUAAAGAAGCUACAGCAGUUGAGUUUGGCUCAAAACCAACUAACUGAAAUUCCAUCCUUGGGAGCAUUACUGUCCCUGAAUUAUCUUAACCUUGCAAGCAAUUAUCUAAAAAAUUUAUCAGAUUUUAACAAGUUAACUACUUUACGCAGUCUGCAAAUAUUGGUGUUCAGGAAUAAUCAAAUCACGGGCAAUCUACCACCAUCCAUUGGGACCUUCACCUCCUUGAAAUCUUUGUCAUUUGCAAACAAUGAAUUAAAUGGCCCUUUACCGGAGGAAGGAUUUUGCGGUUUGAGGGACAUUGAAGAGUUGGAUCUUUACUCAAAUAACUUUGAUGGAAGUAUUCCGUUAUGCUUUAGCAAUUUAACAUCCCUAAAGUUCCUAGAUCUUUCUUCAAACAGACUUAGUGGAACCAUUCCUACAACUCUUUUCUACCGUCUCUCAUCCCUUGAACAUGUUUCCCUUUCUGAUAAUCACUUUGAAGGUUCUUUCUCAUUCAGUUCAUUUGCUAACAACUCUAAGCUUCAAUUCUUUGAACUUGAUUGCAACAAUAGAAUGUUGAAGAUAGACACAGAAAAUCCACCUUGGACACCGCUCUUUCAAUUGAACUUCCUUCGAAUAACAAAUUGUGAGCUCAAUGAACCAAGUAGGGUGAUGCCCAGUUUCAUUUUGACACAAGGGAACCUCAGAAUUAUAGAACUCAGUAACAACGGUAUAACUGGGAGAAUUCCUACAUGGUUGCUCAAGAAUAAUUCUGGACUACAAUUCCUUUCCCUUGGAGGAAACUUCUUUACGGGCUCAUUUGUUAUGAAUUCUGACCAUUGGUUUGGAAACCUGUAUUGGCUUGAUGUGUCCAUGAAUAAAAUCUAUGGAGAGCUUCCGCCUCUUAUAGGUUUUAUUUUUUCUAACCUGCUCUAUUUGCGAUUGUCUGACAAUGAAUUUCAAGGUACAAUUCCUCCAUCAAUGGGUGAUAUGAGAAAUUUGUUCUAUCUGGAUCUAUCCAACAACAAUUUUUCUGGAGAGCUACCAGUAAAUUUGAUAAUGGGGUGCAUCUCCUUGAGAUAUUUGAAGCUUUCAAAUAAUGCUUUUGAGGGGAAUUUAUUCAAAUCAGAGUGGAAUCUCACCAAUCUUCAUCAGUUAUUUAUGGAUAAUAACUUGUUCUCAGGGGAACUCUCAGAUGGAAUUAUGAAAAGCUCUCAGCUAGAGAUACUGUCUCUAAAGAAUAAUUUGAUCUCAGGAAAAAUUCCAAAUUGGAUUGGAAACUUGUCAUCAUUGGAGUACCUUGUCUUGGCUGGGAAUUCAUUACAAGGAUCAAUCCCAUUAAGUUUCUCUGGAUUACAACAGUUAAAAUUGCUUUACCUUUCCGCGAACUAUCUUCAUCAAAUACCACCUGGUGUUAACCUUUCAUCCUUGUUAUAUUUACAUCUUGCAGACAAUGAACUUGAUGGAUCUCUGCCAAGUUUUAUUUCCAGAUUAUCUUCUCUUAUAUCUUUGGACGUUAGAUAUAACAAAUUGUCAGGCAGAAUUCCUAGCUGGCUAAGCUCACUCACAAAUUUAAGGACUCUUCUUUUAAAGGGAAAUAGUCUCCAAAGCCCGAUCCCUGCCGAACUGUGUCAGCUCAAAAACAUCAGCAUACUAGAUCUUUCAUUCAACAAUCUUUAUGGGAAGAUACCUCUUUGCUUGUGUAGCAUGCCCUUCCGGGAGAAAAAUCCACUUCCAAUUGAUGGAGCCUUUUCCUCCUAUGUAGUUGGGUGGUCAAUGCCAAGGAUAGUGGCUUAUGAAUAUGUGGGUCUGUUUGGUGUGUUGGAUUAUCCUAUGGCAACAAAUGUGAUUACAAGUGUUUCGGAAAAUGUGCAAUUUUUAACUAAGGGUAGGUCCAAUCCCUCCCUGUAUUGGUUAUCUCAGUGACAUUCACUCUUUAAACCUGUCACACAAUUAUUUCAAUGGUUCUAUUCCUAAAACAUUAUCCAUGUUGAAAGAAAUAGAAAGCAUGGAUCUGUCCUACAACAGGCUCACUGGUGAAAUCCCAUCUGAACUGAUAGCUUUGAACUUUCUGUCAGUUUUCUCAGUGGCUUACAAUAACUUAUCAGGUAGGACACCAGCCAGGGUUGCCCAGUUCGGUACAUUUGAGAAGCAGAGCUAUGAAGGUAACAAUUUUCUUUGUGGAAUACCGCUUCCUGAUUGUGGCACUAACGAUACCAAAUUACCUGAACUAUAUGAUGAAGGAGCAUAUGAUUCAUUCAUAGUUGAGUUUCAAUGGAGCUUUCUUGGAUCAUACAUUGUGGCAUUUCUGGGUGUUGUUGCUUACCUAUACUGCAGUCCUUAUCAUUCCAUGCUGCUUUAUGAAUUCUUUACGACAAGAUUUAGGACUUGCAUUUCGCCUUUUAGAAGGCGCUGAUUUUGCAUGGUAGGACAGAUAAGACAUUAUUCUUGGUCAUAUGGUGUUUGCCUGUUUGACUGGAAUUUUGCUGCAACUAAUCUCCAUGUACUCUUCAACUAGUUGGCAUCCAUUGUAAAAGUUCAUCUUACUGUUUUCUUGA